UGAAAUAUCCAGUCCAAUACGUGUUCAAAGUAUAGAGCUAGAAGAAGAAACUCUGCAAAUUGUUAUUUCUUCCCUGAGUAAGAUGGCCUCUUCGUUCUUCCAAAACCCUAAUUCUGAAUUCUCGUUCGAAUCUUCUUCUUCCUUCAACCCUCAAGAAUAUUUUCACGAUGAUCCUCUCUCAUGGAACAUGUUCAACUCUAAUGAUCAUCACAACCAAUCAGCCUUUCCCCAGCUACCCUUUAAUGAGAACGACUCCGAAGAAAUGCUUCUAUAUGGAGUUCUUGCUGAGGCGCCUUCAGGAGAUGGGAACUCAUCGGGUUCAAGAGUAUCAUCCACUCACUCCAAAGACCAUGAAGAAGUGAAUUCUUCUAGUGCCACUGCUGACGAAGAUCAAGUGGUUGCUUAUAGAGGUGUUCGGCGGCGGCCGUGGGGAAAGUUUGCGGCAGAGAUAAGAGAUUCGACGCGAAACGGUGUUAGGGUUUGGUUGGGAACUUUUGACACGGCGGAGGCUGCUGCUUUGGCUUAUGACCAAGCAGCAUUUGCAAUGCGGGGGUCUUUGGCGGUCCUCAACUUUCCGGCGGACGUGGUUCAUCAGUCGCUUGUGGAGAUGGAGUAUGACUUUGAAGAGGGUUCGUCUCCGGUGUUGGCCUUGAAGAGAAGGCACUCCAUGAAGAGAAAGUCAUCGAUGAACGAAAAUAAUAAAUUACUGUACCGUAAUCAGCAUCAAAAGAACGAUGAAGAAGAUGAUGAUCAGUUGGAAAAUGUUGUGGUGUUUGAGGAUUUAGGCGCAGACUAUUUGGAGGAGCUACUCAGUAUAUCUGAGAGCUAGCUGCACUCCCAUACCACGUUACUUGUGUUUUCGGUAUCCAACUUUCCGAAGCUAUACGUGGAGCGAGCUGUCGUUAAUCACAUAGGUCCAUCAUGUGUCAAGUGUUAACCACACCAUUUGGACCUGUCUUUUUGUUUUCUAUUUUUGGGAAAGUAUGUGGAGAAGAAUCAGAAGAUGACGGUCACUAUAGUUAAUUACUCCUUUCUUUAAUUAUACUUAAUUCACUUUUUGUAAUUGUCUUGUUAAUUUUCAAGAUAAUGGAUGAGUAAAGUACUUUUCCAUGAUCAAGAG